AUCUUAGCAAAAGGGUGCUAUAAACUCCACUUGUCCACCCUUAGAGAAACCUGGUCUGGAUUUGACAGUGGGAGAAAAAGAUCCUGUCCUUUUGUUGAUAUGUCUGUUUCUAUGGUGACAAAGGCACUGAAGUGAUUCCAUCAGACCCUUGUAGAGGGCCCCUCACCCAUCCCUACCAUAUCCCACGUGAAGACAUAACGACAGCUUGCUCUUUAUUUUCAAAUAUUUAUAAAACUAUAGAGUUACUAGACUAUAAAAAUACACACUACUGGUAUAGUGAAAGCAUGACCAUGGGGAUUUACAAGACAUUUGGUCGAUUCAAUGUGUUUCAUUUUAAGUGUCUCAGUAGCCUAAUGUGUGUCUUCUACUCAAUAAGAACUUUUUUGUUUUAUAUAGAAUAAUGUAUAGAAUAGGCUACUUGUUUUAAUAAUAGUUAUCUAGCCUCAUAGAUCCAUGCUUUGUAUACGCUCUCUUAACUUGUAGUUAAGUAGGCUACUGGAACUAGACAUUCUGUGAUGCAGUGAAGAAAUUAAUGAAAUAGUUACUCAGAGUUGUAUGAAUCCCAUUCUUGAGUUGUGUCCUAAAAAUGUUGUAACCUUACCUAGAGAUAAAGUUAUUCUAACUUUAGAGGGGUUAAUUAAGUUAAGGAUAGGUGCACUAAAGACUUUGUUACAUUGCUACCGAGAAAGAGAAUGUGGCGCACGUUACAGCGACGUGGGAAGGGGGUGGAGGGUGCAAAUCUCCUAAUCCUGCUGUCCUCAAUCUCUCCUCGCCACUUUCUGUCGCAACCGAAGACGACCGGAUGGACACCCGCUAUAGGAGCUGAGGUCCCUGGAGUUUUAUGGCCUAGGUUGGAAGAGAGCGUUCUCUCCGAGGAGAAGCGGCUGACGCUGCAGGGCCACUCCCCAGAUGCACCGCCUGCCUGUCUGCCUGUGCGUGUGCGAGAAAUUGUCACCAAGAACCUGAGUGGCAGCUCAGGAGACAUGUCCUCAUUCAUGUCCCUUCAGGAGGAGAACCGGGUCCUCCAGGGGGAGUUGGGAAGGCUAGAGGACCUCCUGGCCCACAGCAGAGCUGACCGCGAUGAGCUAGCCAUCAAAUACAGCGCCAUCAGUGAGAGGCUGGAGCAGGCUCUGCGUCUUGAGACAGGGGACGGUGAGCGCGACUCGCUCGAGUCACGCAGCCUAGCACAGCAGAAUGUGGACCUGCGCAGACGGCUGGACGAGGAGCAGGCGGCAUACAAGCGCAAACUCACCGCCUACCAGGAGGGGCAGCAGCGCCAGGCGCAGCUGGUGCAGAAACUACAGGCCAAGGUCCUGCAGUAUAAGAAGAGAUGUGGUGAGCUGGAGCAGAUCCUGCAGGAGAAAACCUCGGAGCUGGAACGCCACCGUCUUAACGGUCGCUGUGACUUGAGCCAUCGGCGUGAGGAUGAGGAGCCUUGCAGUGAUCUGGAGAGUGCCCACAUCAGGCUGGAGGAGGAACAACAGCGGAGCAGCAGCCUGUCUGCAGUGAAUUCCAUGUUGAGAGAACAGCUGGAACAGGCGAGCCUGGCCAAUGAGGCGCUUAGCCAGGACAUUCGAAGGCUCACAAUUGAUUGGACCAAAGCUAGAGAGGAGCUGGAACAAAGAGAGUCUGAUUGGAGAAAAGAGGAAGAGUCCUUCCACAGUUACUAUAGCAGUGAGCAUGGUCGGCUUAUGCAGUUAUGGAGACAGGUGGUUGGGUUUCGGAGACAUGUGUAUGAGCUGAGGAGUGCCACAGAAAGGGACCUGUCUGACAUGAGGAAUGAGCUGGCUUGGGCCUCCCACAGCGCGCAGUCUUCGUGUGCGGGCUUGACCUCCUCCCUGCACGGCCGUGAAGAGGGCUUGGCAGGGGCGCUGGAGCGCGAGUCUGCCCAGCGGGCACAGCUGGAGCUGCAGCUGCGGGAGCACGUCAGCGACAUGAUGACCCUGCAGGCCCGCAGUGACGCCGAGCGAGCCGAGCUCAACGCCAGGCUGGUGGAGGCCGUCAGGGAGAUGGAGACACUGAAGGCCCAAAAUGAAGAAAAAGAUCAGGAGGUCUCCUCCCUCACCAGGAGACUGGAGGAGCAGAGUAGGGUGGACGAGUCUGAGCUGCAGGCUCUCCGCUUUCAGACUGAGACCCUACUGGACACACUUAAAGACAUUGCUCAGACGAUGCUGUCAGAUGGAGAAUCUGGAAUAUUCUCUGACACGCAGGAUGGAGAUGCCAUUGGAGCCUCUCUCAUGCCCCUGCUCAGGGCGUCCUCCCCACAACGACCGUCUUCACCUAGACGAUCCUCCUCCCCACGGCGGUCAUCCACCCUUACCCUUCCCGAGGCCAGCCUGUCUGCUCUACGCUCAGCUGUAUCCAGCAGGCAGUUACAGCUGCAGGAAAUCCGUGGGCGUCUGCUCUCAGCCCAGUCGUCUGUGCAGCAGCUGCGCAGACAGCAGGGUGAGGCCGAGUCGGGCAAGCGGGACGCGGAGCUGCGGGUGCAGGCCCUGCAGGGGGAGCGGGACGACGCCCACCGAGAGAGGGAGGUUGCCCAGAGGGAGAGGGACCGCAUCAGGCAGGAGAGGGCCACUCUGAUCAGCGAGAAAGAUCGGACGGAAAAAGCCUUGCAGGCGGCGCAGACUAAAGUGCAGCUGCUGCAGCUGGACUGUGAGAAGCUGCAGAUGGCCCUAAACUCCAGCCAAAGAGAGAGGGACCACGACAGGGAGGAGAAGGAGGCCGCUAUCCAGGAGAGAGAACGGGCCAAAACUGAGACGGAGAGAACCCAGAGGCAGUGGGAGCAGAGCGAGAGUCGAGCGUCGGGCCAGCGCAUGGAGCUGACGGCCGUGAGGGAGACGCACCAGCAGGGCCUGGUGGAGAAGCAGAUGCUGGAGGGAGAGAGGAGCCAACUGACGGAGGCCCUUGGCAAGGCCGAGUCCUCCAAUGCGGAGCUGACCCUGCUGGUGAAUAAGCUCCGUUCGGAGGAGGCCGGGCUCCGCGACUCCCUGGCCAAGAUGGGCAGCCUGAACGAGGGCCUGGCUCAGGACAAAUCUGACCUCAAUAACAUCAUCAAUCAGCUGGAGGAGGAGAAGAGCCACCUGCUGUCCUAUAAGAGGGAGGCUGAGCAGGAGAAGCUGACCAUCCGCGACGAACUUGUUCGCCUGGAGCAGGACCGAUUGGAGCUCGACACUGCCCGUCUGGCUCUCCACCAAUCACUGCAAGAGGCGGAGCUGGCCAGGGCGGGGAUGGAGGCGGAGCUCCAGACCCUCAGAGCUGAAAGGACAAAGCUGCAGGACAAAGUCAUACAGCUGUGUGCGGAGCUGAGUGCCCUGGAGGCAGCGCUGGGCACGGCCCGUGGCGAGGGCGAGAGGCAGGGCGUGGCUCUGGAGGAGGCGGGGCGCAGCCGGGCGGAGCUUGCCAAGGAGAGGGCGGGGCUGGUGGUCCAACUGACUGCGUCCGAGAGAGAGAACGCCUCACUGACCGAAGAGUUGGUUGCCUUCAGGGCUGAUAAAGAGGCUCUGGAGACGAGCCUGUUUGAUGUGCAGCAGCAGCUGCUGCAGCUGGAUUCUCGGAAGGAGCAGCUGGAGGCUGAGACCCAAAGCCUGCGCCUGCGCCACGAGGGCACCACGGCUGAGCUGAAGCGCUUGCGAGCGGACAAAGAGAAUACAUCGACGCAGAGCGAGCGCGAGAGAGAGGCGCUCUUGCAGAGCCGGGCCUCGGCACAGCAGGAGCACCAGCAAGCUCUGCACAAUGCCCUCAGCAGCCACCAGGAGGAGAUAGAGAGACUCACUGCUGAGAAGGAGGCGCUGCAGCGCUCUCUGGGGGCGGAGCAGGAAGCCGCCCUGAGGCAAACGCGGCAGGAGUGGGAGGAGCAGCUGCGCAGGGCGGAGCAGGAGAGGGAGGAGCUCCAGAAGGACGUGCGGGCGCUGCAGCGCGACCGGGACCACAGCCUCCUGCAGGCGGAGACAGAGAAGCAGCAGGCCCUGUCUUUGAAGGAGACGGAGAAGGCAGUCCUGUCGGAGCGCAUAUCCACCCUGCAGGCUGAGCUGGGCGUAGCCACCCUUGAAGUGGAGCGUCUGACGCGGGAGGCAGGGCACGCUAAAGAGCUGGAAAGGGCCACUGUAGCUGCUCUCAACACUGAGCUGGAGGAGCUGCGGGGCCAGCUGGAGGAGGCCUUGAGCGCCCACGGGCGAGAGCUGAGCAGACUCCAGGACAGCUGCGCAGACCAGCUGACCUGCGCAGACACUGCCCUCAAAGAGCUGGAGGAGUGUCGGGCGGCCCUCUCAGCCAAUGAGGAGAGCCGGGACGCGGUGAGGCGGGAGCUGCUGGAGUCGGAGCGGCGGCUGUGCCAGACACGUGAUGCGGGGGAGUGCCAGCGGCGGGACGCGGUGGAGCUGCGGCGCUCCCUGGGGGACGUCACCCGCGAGAGGGACACUCUCAGCCAGUCCAACGGCCAGCUCAGGGAGGCCCUGCGCUCCGCCGAGGGCCAGAGGAUCAGUGUGAAACGCCAGUGCGAGGAGAAGGAUCAGAGGCUGUGUGUGCUGGAGGAGAGCCUGGCGUCGGCCCAGAAGGAGGUGGGGGAUCUGCGCAGCUGUCUGCGGGAGGUGGAACGUUCCCGACUGGAGGCGCGCAGAGAGCUGCAGGAGCUGCGCAGACAGGUGAAGGUGCUGGAUGGGGAGCGGGAGCAGCGAGGGAGGGAGGUGGCCGAGCUGCAGACGCGUCUCUCUCAGGAGGAGCAGAGGGAGGAGGAGAGAGGCAGGGAUUUGUUUGCCAUCAAGCAGAAACUCAGCGAGGCCGAGACCACCAGGGCCUCCAUCAAGAAGGAGCUGACGGUGCUGCAGCGGCGUCUGGCGGACUCUGAGAGCGGCUGGCGUGGCUGCGAGCGGGAGCUGUCCUCCCAGCUGCAGGAGGCGCGCGGCGGCGAGAAGAAGCUGCUGGACGAGGCGCGCAACCUGGCGCUGCGGGCGCAGACGGCGGCGGAGGGGGCGGCGCAUGCCCAGCUGCAGCUCAGCGAGGCCCAGGGCCGGCUGGCGGCCACGGAGGCGGAGCUGGCGCGGGCCGAGGCCUGCCGCCGGGAGCUGGAGUUCCGCAUGAGCAGCCUGCAGUCGGCCCUCACGCGCACGCUGGGCAUCGGGGCCGGGGGGGGGCGCGCCAGCAGGGGCCACAGCCCGGCGCGGAGCGGCAGCGCCACCCUCUCGCCCGGGGCCAGCAUGGCGUUACUCCGCCACCGCAGCGUCUCCCCAAUGCGUGCCUCAAUGUCGCCCCCUAAAGAUUUGGGUCGCAAUCUCACCCCAGAUAACAGUGUGGGUUCUCGGCCCCUGUCCCCAGAGAGAGGGGACACCCCGCUACCACUCGCCCCAUCCGAGCUGGACCCGGAGACACUCCGCUCUGGCCUCAGGGAGUUCCUGCAGGAGCUGCGCGAGGCCCAGAGAGACAGGGAUGAGGCUCGUGGCCAGUUGGGUGUGGUGCAGCGUGAGCUGGAGGAAGUUACAGCAGAGAGAGACUCUGUCCAGACCCGUCUCACACAGCUGCACAACUCACUGCAGGACUGUCAGGAAGUGAAGCGUGAUGUGGAUGGGAAGCUGAGCUCCACACAGGCCCUACUGCAACAGCAGGAGGAGGCGUUGAGGAGGGGGGAGAGGGAGAGGAGAGUCCUCACGGACCGCAUCAGAGAGCUGGAGAGAAACGUGCAGAACGCUGAGGCAGAGAGGAAACACACACAGGAGCAGCUGAGUAAGCUGCGGGCGGGGGAGGCGCGUCUGGAUGCGGAGCGGCGGCGUCUGCGGGAGGCCCUGGAGGCUGCGGAGGCGCGGGGCACGCGGCUGGAGCUGGGGAGGCGCAGCCUGGAGGGGGAGCUGCAGAGGCUCCGGCUCAACACCGGGGAGAAGGAGGCCGAGAGCCUGGCCUCACAGCAGCGCCACGACGGCCUCCUCAAGCAGGUGGCGGACUCAGAGGGCCGUGUGUCCUCCCUUCAGCGGGAGGUGGAGCGUCUGACCCAGCUGCUGGCCAAGGCGCUGGAGGGGGAGAGCAGCCAGAGGGAGCGGGUCCAGAGCCUGGCCCAGAGCCUGCAGGAGGCCACCGCUGCCCACAGCGCCACCCAGGGGCGCCUCUCCACACUGCAGAAGACUCUGGGUCUGGCUGAGCAGGAGCGCAGGCAGCUACAGGAGCGUGUUGAUGGAGCUAUAAUAUAUAUACUGUAUAUAUCUCUAUAUCUGCUGGGUAAAUGUGUGUGUGUGUGUGUGUGUGUGUUCAGGAGCGUGUGUGUGUGUGUGUGUGUGUGUGUGUGUUUGUGUGUGUGUGUUCAGGAGCGUGUUGAUGGAGUGCGGGUGUCCUUCACUGAGGGCAAGAGGACCAUGGUCACCCUGACUGAGCGCGUGCAGAGCCUGCAAGCUGAACUGACCCAAAGUGAGCUGCGGCGCACAGAGCUGGAGGCAGAGCUCUCCAACACUCAAGAGGCCCUGCGUCUGCGCUUGUCCAGUCUCUCCGAGGCCCAGCGCAGCGCCCAGGCUGCGCAGAUGGAGCGUGCGGCCACAGAUGAGCGUCUGCGCAGCCUGCAGAGGGCCCUGGCCGUGCUCGAGACGGAGAAGAAGGAUGCUGAGAGACAGGCCGUCCGUCUGGAGAAGGACAAGAAUGCCCUGAGGAACACCUUAGACAAGGUGGAGCGUGAGAAGCUGAAGUCGGAGGAGGGCAGCAUGCGCCUGUCCGCUGAGAAGGGUCGCAUGGACCGCUCCCUCAACACGGCUGAGCAGGAGCUGCAGGACGCGCAGAGGCAGAUCGUUCUGCUGCAGGCACAGCUGGCUGAGAUGGAGCAGUCCCAGACUGCUGGCGAGAGUUCGGCGCGGCAGAGAGACGAGGUCCAGCGGGAGAUGGAGCGUCUGCGUCUGGCCCAGAGGGACGCCGAGCGCACGCUGGCCGCCAGGGAGAGGGCCCACCGGCAGCGCACCAAGGGCCUGGAGGAGCAGGUGUCCACUUUGAAGGAACAGCUGCAGCAUGAAAUCCGGCGUCGGCAUCCAUCUUUGACCCCUUUACCUGGGGGUAGCUGAGGGGGGGGCGCCGCCCUGCAGGCCACUGAGGAUAUAACACAUAUUUCUGAGCACCAGCAGAAGGAACGCUGACUCUCUCAUGUCUUAUUGAGCAAAACCAGCACCCACAACUCAGACCAUUCCGAGACCUUUGAUUAGUUAGACACAUGCGGGGGGCUUUUAGCUAAUCUGGUCCAAACUUUUCUAUCUACUACAAAUUGGAGCCACGCUGAACAAUGUUACUGUGUGUUGAAUAAUUAUGCUGUUUAAAACUUGAAUUUAGAGUAGAUAAAGCACGCCACUUCUAGCAGUGCACUGUGCACGAAGGGACCACUGGAUAUGAAUUCAUUAUUUUCUGUGUGUUGGAUAAAUAUCAAAACAUGCCACUACCGCUGCACGUACUAGCAAUAUUAUAUUGUAGUCUACACUAACACUAACGGGUUACUCAUGUUUACGUCUGGUCCGAAUACUAAUGAUCGUAUUUACACUAACAUCACAUGAAAUUACAUUCCAGUUGGAUUUUUAAAGGGACUGUUUAUGGAGUGAAAGAAGAAAUGACACAUUAAAUGCUUGACUUGUC